UUUUAUUUUUUACAGGAAGAAGUAAACAUUAUUUAUUUUUCCUAAAAAUUUCCCCAUUUCCAAAAACUAUUUCUAGAAAGUCACUAUGAAAUUCGAAAGUAUAUAGUCCGCUCCACGGUGCCGGACAAAAAAUGGAUUUUUUAGCGAGGAUUUGACGUUUUUCCCAAGGAAAAAAUCCAAAAUUUUUGACAUGUGCAUGACAAAUGGGUCCGACCAUGGCUGCUAAACAGCAGGAAAAUGAUUUAGAAAUAGAUAACUGGGAAGAAAUCGAAGAGACUGAUGUUUUAGAAGAGAAAUUCAACAAACUCAAACUGAUAAUGCCAAGCUUAGCAAACAAUAGUAUAAACGGUAGCAUUGAAAAGGGUCCAAUCAAAGUGACUUUAACAGGUGACGAUGCCUUAAGAUCUCAAUACGUGCCUCCCGAGCCGACGGUCAAAAUAUUAAAAAGACCCAUAAAAGGGGCACAAAGCAAUCACGAUAAUCGAAAAUCAGUGCCUAAGAAGACUUUGCAGCAGCGCGAACAAGAAUACGCCGAGGCCAGGCUGAGGAUAUUGGGCAAAGCUAGUUCGGAAAAAACAGAAGAGAAUAAAAUAGCCAUGGUGAAAGCUAGAAUUGAACCGGAUAUUAUAAGGACACCUAGGGGACCUGAUGGAACUAAAGGUUUCAAAGUGCAAAGAUAGUAGAGUGUUUGUAAAUAAAUAGAUUAAGUAUCAAUUUUUAAUUUUCUAUAGGGUGCCCUAAUUAUGUUUUUAAUUUCGUUUGCCUCUCGUAAAUUAAUUGUACAGGGACUUUCAUCAUUGGUUGACAUCCCCAGUACAAAUUUUUAGAAUGCUUCCUGGUCCUAAAACUCAAUUACUUCAAAACAACUUUGUAUCAGAAAUCAAAUUUUGAAAAUUUCAGUGUCAAUAAAUGAAGAAAGAUCCUGGGCUAGUAUUCUCGUUCUCGAAAACGCUCUCCGCUUUUUAGUCGCUCGGCACUUCUAAUGUAAAUUUACAUUAAAAGUGACGAGCGAAUAGAAAGUGGUGAGCGUAUUUGGGAACGAGAAUACCGGCCCUGUACAUUUUUAAAACAUUUUGACUCAAUUGAUACUUUAUUUGCAAUGUAUUUUUAACAAUGUGCAAUACCAUUUUCAUUCAUUCAACUAUCUCCAUUACCAAAAGUAAAUAGGGCGUUAUUCUCGAUUCUCAAAACAACUCAAGUCUUCCCCCUUUGGUUGAAUGAUAAUGUAUUUUUGGAUUGUACUUUUUUAACUUAUUUAAUCUGCUAUUAUUAUAGUCCAUAGUUUAUACGGUUUUUUUUCUAUUGUUACUAUGGGUUUGUAAAUAAUUUUACAUUAAGACAAAAUCACUUAAAUUUAUAUAUUAAAUAUGUAAGUGAUUAUUUAUAUUUUUAGCUAAUUCAUUAAAAAAAAAUAUAUAUAAUAAAUAUAGCAAUUUAUUUGUUCCUAAAAACAUUAAUUUACAUAAGUUGCAACCUAUCAAAUAAGCGACAACAAUAAUUAUUACUGAUUUAUGUUAAGUCAUUUGCCCAGUUUGAGCACUCCUGAAACCCCUUUUCGUAUACUUCUGUUUUCGGGAGCCUAAAAGAAUAAAUUUUCAGUUGUAGAUUUAAAAAAAAAACAGUGCAAAAUAGGCAUUUUUUUCACCUACUCUACUGAUUAUGUGUGUGUGUUAGUGCAGUUAGUAAUGUUACCUUUUCCCCAAAAUUCCUCGUUUUAUGCUAGAAAUUCGAGUAGAAAUUGUUAGUGAAUGGGCUAUUAAAAUAUUCAAGAAAAUUUUGUCAAAAACUUACGUGUCUGGAACCGAGCAACAUUUUUGCCUUGUCUUCUUCCUGCGGUGCGGAACUGUCUUCGGCGGUACCCGUAUUUCUUUUGAUUUGCAAUUUUUGCUUUAUA